UUAGUGUGCAUUGGAAAUAUGGACCGAUUUUGCGGUAUUUGUGGGGCACGUAGGCAGAUGGAAUUCGAUUCUAUAUUGGAAACGUGUACGAAAUGCAACAAAGCACCAUUUAUUUCGUCGUAUGAAAUGAAGUCAACAGCAGUAUUGCGAGAUUUGCGGCCAUACCGUGGAGAACAGCAAGCAAUAGAAAGAUUGAAGAAACGGCGAACGCAGUCCACUUCAAGUGAAAUUGUGUCAGUUUCGCCGUCAAAAUUUUCAACAUCUUCAACACAAUCCCUAUGGUUAUGGUGUGACGAUGAUAUAGAUCGCGCCUUAUCGCAAAUAGCAUAUGCCGAUUCCGACAAUGCGGACGAAAAAGAACGAAGGGAAGAAGAGCAGAAAAUAAGGGAAACGAAAUAGACGUAGCAACAGAAAACGAUAUAAACGUAGAAAAUGUUUAAAGUGUAUUAUUAAGUAUACCUAUCUAUAAUGUAAUACAGUAAGAAAUAUAAUU